CACUUAGGGGCAAUGUAGAGUAGCCUAAUGCCGAUUUGUGUGCUUCCAGACACAUUUUCACAUUUACAGUUUUACCUGUAAUUAGAAUCAAGUUUAAGUUUAUCACUCCCACCCUCUGCAAACACUUAAAUAGAUUCAUUUCAGUUGCUUCAGGGGCUUUUGUUGCACACACAGCCCAUAGUCACAUGUGCAAAGAAUACUUUUCCUUUAUGACUCGUUCAGUCAUUUCCCACUCAUGAAAUAUUCCUGAGAAAUACAAAAACACAGGCUUAGGCCCCAGUCCUCGAGAAUCAAUGUACAAUGGAUUAUUUCUAUAAAAUAAACAACACAGGAAUAUUUUCCCAUACGUACAAUUUACCUGAACAACUCCACCCUGGAGCUCCACCUCCUGCCUCUCUUGUGGCAUUCAUCACCCCUCAUACAAACCUUUCCGGUUGGGGAUAAUUCCACCUCCUUCCCCUCCUGCUGGCACCACAGAUAAAAAUGUCUCAUUCUCUCAUCUAGUAUGACUGUUCAGUGAAAAAAAAAGAAAGAAAGAAAACAAACAGUGUUUAUCUAAUGUAGAACUGAUUCUAGCAACCGAUUAGAACCCGCGUUCCGAGAAACAAAUGUGAUUCCUCGUACUAACGAUGGGAUGACAGCGAGCGCUGCUGCAACAGCUCGACGGAGACAUGAGAAGCAAGCGGACAGCGCGAACAAACCAGAGGAUUGAAUACAAAGCCUCGGCUGUGAGCACGCUGGCUUCUGUUUUGUCAAGAGACAUGGGGGAGCGGAACUGAUUUUCACUUUUGUCUCGAGCGGGAAGGGAUGGAGAUACAAUAAAAAGCCGACGUGAUCAUCAUGGCUGCGCGAAGGCGAACAGGAGGCGAUGUACUGAAGCGUUAUGGUGCCGCGUUCCCUCUGGUCGUCGUAAUGGAAGUGAAAUGAGACUGUUUUUUUGUACUUAUCGUGUGUUUAACAGGCUCGAUUAUGCGCCAGGCAGCUGCAGUGAAUGAACGCGUUUUUCUUUGACGCUGAAAGGCGAUGAGUGCGUUCACGGACUGUAGUUGGCAGUAAGAGGAAAAGCGUGUUACUCCCCUGCUGGCUCCUGGACUCUCUGUUCUCCUGCAGCACCGCGGACAGCGAUCAUGACUCGGCUUCGCAGGAAGGCUCUUGUGGCACUUUUCCUCUUCACGCUCUUCAUUUUCGGGGCUAUGAUGGGGCUCAGGACGCUCAAACCCAGCGACGGCUUCUCAGACCUGGCCCCCGGCAUGGACUUCACCGGGGGGAGAUCCGACAGGAAACGGCUGGAUGUGAAAGACGUGGCGGUGUCGCCGGGACAGUUCCACAUGGGCAGCAGCGACACUAAGGUUGUUUUCACCAAAUCAGACAAAGAUUACAGUAUAUUCUACGAUGUGCACAUCUUCUACUACCUGUGGUACGGCUCUCCCAGCAUGGACAACAAGUACAUUCACUGGGAUCAUGUGCUGGUGCCACACUGGGACCCCAAAAUUGCAGCCAGUCAUGCCCAAGGAAGGCACACACCUCCAGAAGAUCUCGCCUCAAGUUUCUACCCUGAGCUGGGACCCUACAGCUCCAGGGACCCAAAGGUGCUGGAAUCACACAUGACUCAGAUAGAGGCAGCUGCAGCAGGGGUGCUGGUGUUGUCCUGGUAUCCUCCCGGGGUGGCAGAUGACCACGGGGAGCCCACCGAGGACCUGGUUCCCACUGUCAUGGACGCAGCCCACCGGCACAGCAUCAAGGUGGCAUUUCACAUACAGCCAUACAAAGGACGGACGGACCAGACCAUGCAUGACAACAUCAAAUACAUUAUUGAUAAGUAUGGAAAGCAUGGCGCCUUCUACAGAUUCAAGUCCAGCACAGGGCGAGUCCUGCCUCUGUUUUAUGUCUAUGACUCCUACCUGACCCCACCAGAGUCCUGGGCUGAGCUUCUGACAGCUAAAGGCUCCCACAGCAUCAGAGGGACACCUUAUGACGGCGUUUUUGUCGCGCUCAUUGUUGAAGAGCGUCACAAACAUGACAUCCAUACUAGUGGCUUUGAUGGCAUCUACACUUACUUUGCCUCCAAUGGCUUCUCCUUUGGAUCAUCCCACCAGAACUGGAAAGCUAUUAAGGCCUUCUGUGAUGCAAAUAAUCUGCUAUUUAUUCCCAGUGUUGGUCCAGGGUAUGUGGACACAGCCGUUCGACCAUGGAACAACCACAACACCAGGAACCGGGUUAACGGACGUUACUACGAGACAUCCUUGCAGGCCGCUUUGUCUGUCAGACCAGAAAUUGUCAGCAUUACUUCCUUUAACCAAUGGCACGAAGGCACACAAAUAGAGAAGGCCGUACCCAAGAAAACCGUGACACGUUUGUACCUAGACUAUCAACCCAACCAACCUGACCACUACUUGGAGCUUACACGCCAGUGGGCAGAGAACUUUAACAAGGAGAAGGACAAGUGGCUGAUGUGAACUUGGCCUAAUUUCCCUGGUAGAUGCCCUGAACAUGACCGCAAAUCACACAACUGUUAAAAGACAGCCCCUUUAUGCUCAUCCAUCCACCUCCUGAUCAGACUUUCCUUAAGUGUUCACUCUACCCCUACUUUUUUAAUUACUAACAUUUUUGUACAGGUUAAUUAGUCACUGAAAUGUUGAAGCUGAAAGGUCUCAUUUAUCAGGAAAAGAUGAUUAGCUACUAACUAAUCAUUGUUUCCUGAUAACAUCUCUGUUCAGUAUUUGUUUGUAACAUCAAGAAAGUGGGGCUAUGUGCAGUAACUUUGUUCUGUGGGGUUUCUUUCCUUAAUUUCUUAUGAUGAAAAAACGUUUUUUUUCCCCUGUAUUUCUUUAAAAACAAAUUAAAUUUUGUGUCUGUUUACUGUUUGUGAAUCACUGGUGUCACUGCACAAGAGAUGUAACUUCCCAAGAAAUUUUUGAAAUGAUCAAAGAAGUCGAAGUGGAGCCUGGGGUUACAGAUGGUGAAAUAAUCGGUGUGUACAAAAUUCAUAAGUCAGAAACUGAUGAAAACUGUUCGGGUUAAGUCCCUUUGUCUGAUUUUAAUGACGUCGUGCCAGCGAAAGCAGUGGCCGAAGUGUCUGUCUGUUGUUGUCUGUCCAUCUGUUAAUCCUAACCCCUGUCCUUCUGUCUGUCCAUCCAUCUCGUGCAGAUGAUAUCUGAGGAAUACUUUGAGACUGCCUUAUUCAAUUUUCUUGAAUUUUAUUCAAAUUUAGCACAAAACAACCACUUGGACUUGGAUGAACUGAUUAGGGUCAAAGGUCACUGUGACCCCACGUCACAUUUUCAGACAUAAGUGGAGUAUUCAUAAGCUGAUUCUGACAAAAUUCUGACAUAAUAAGU